GCACUCCUUGGUUGCCUGGGAAGUUGGGGAAAAUGGACAGGGUCGUGCUGGCGUGGGUGGCUCUCUGCUCGCUAACAGGUGUGGCAGAAGGCCUUCAGGUCACAGUGCCCGACAAGAAGAGGGUGGCCAUGCUGUUCCAGCCCACUGUGCUUCGCUGCCACUUCUCCACAUCCUCUCAUCAGCCCGCAGUCGUGCAGUGGAAGUUCAAAUCCUACUGCCAGGACCGGAUGGGGGAAUCCUUGGGCAUGUCUUCUCCUCGGGCCCAAUCUCUCAGCAAAAGAAACCUGGAGUGGGACCCCUAUUUGGACUGCUUGGACAGCAGGAGGACUGUUCGAGUAGUCGCUUCCAAACAAGGCUCGACCGUCACCCUGGGAGAUUUCUACAGGGGCAGAGAGAUCACCAUUGUUCAUGAUGCAGAUCUUCAGAUUGGGAAGCUCAUGUGGGGUGACAGUGGGCUCUACUACUGCAUUAUCACCACCCCGGAUGACCUGGAGGGGAAGAACGAGGACUCGGUGGAACUGCUGGUGCUAGGCAGGACAGGUCUGCUUGCUGAGCUCUUGCCCAGUUUUGCUGUGGAGAUAAUGCCAGAGUGGGUGUUUGUUGGCCUGGUGAUCCUGGGAGUCUUCCUCUUCUUCGUCCUGGUGGGGAUCUGCUGGUGCCAGUGCUGUCCUCACAGCUGCUGCUGCUACAUCCGCUGUCCCUGCUGCCCAGAGUCCUGCUGCUGCCCACAGGCCUUGUAUGAAGCAGGGAAAGCAGCAAAGGCCGGGUACCCUCCCUCUGUCUCCGGUGUCCCUGGUCCCUACUCCAUCCCCUCUGUCCCCUUGGGAGGAGGCCCCUCAUCUAUCAUGCCGAUGGACAAGCCGCACCCACCUCCCCUGGCUCCGAGUGACUCCACUGGAGGAAGCCACAGUGUUCGCAAAGGUUACCGGAUCCAAGCUGACAAAGAGAGAGACUCCAUGAAGGUCCUAUACUAUGUCGAGAAGGAGCUGGCUCAGUUUGAUCCGGCGAGAAGGAUGAGAGGCAGAUAUAACAACACCAUCUCAGAACUCAGCUCUCUGCAUGAGGAGGAUGGCAAUUUCCGCCAGUCUUACCACCAGAUGCGAACUAAGCAAUUCCCCAUGUCCGGGGACGUGGAGAGUAAUCCUGACUACUGGUCAGGUGCCAUGGGCAGCACUGGGGCAAGCCGGGGACCCUCAGCCAUGGAAUAUAACAAAGAGGAUCGGGACAGCUUCAGGCACAGCCAGCCACGGUCCAAGUCGGAGAUGCUGUCGCGAAAGAACUUCGCCACCGGGGUGCCGGCCGUCUCCAUGGACGAGCUGGCGGCCUUUGCCGACUCCUACGGGCCGCGGCCGCGCCGGGCAGAUGGCAAUAACCAUGAGGCCCGGACCGGGAGCCGCUUCGAGCGCUCGGAGUCGCGGGCGCACGGGGGCUGCUACCCCGACGGCUCGCUGGAGGAGUACUACCCGCGGAGCCGCAGCCGGGAGCCCCUGGGCGACACGGAGCGCAGCUGGGCCUACAGCCCCGCGCGCCGGCGGCCGCCAGAUGAAGCGCACUUGCCGCGCCUGGUGAGCCGCACGCCGAGCGCGGUGCCCAAGUAUGACCACGCGCACCGUGGCGGCGCGCCCGAGCGCCAGGCCCGGCCCGAGGGCGCCAGCCGAGGCGGGAGCCUGGAGACGCCCGCCAAGCUCAGUGCUCGGCUAGGCCCGCGCAGCGCCUCUUACUACGCCUGGUCGCCACCCGCUACCUACUCCUCGGCUGUGUCGGGCGCUGAAGACGACGAUGAGGAUGAGACCGACGAAGCUCUGCCGCCCUACAGUGAGCGUGAGCUGAGCCGCGGCCCGUCCUACCGCGGCGGCAGAGAGCUGUCCUUCCACAGCAACUCGGAGAAGAGGAGGAAAAAGGAGGCCACCAAGAAAACUAACGACUUUCCAACCAGGAUGUCCCUUGUGGUCUGAUGUUGUUUUCAAAACAUCUUUCUGGAUGACUAGAAAUCAAAAGCCGACUACAGGGACAAGACACAAAUCUGCGAGCCAGUAGGUCUGGGACCUUUUCUGGAAUGGAAGAACAUCUUUGUCAAGGGAUGGGAGACACCUUUGAGGGAAGUUGAUUCCAAACUUCAGUGUCCGUCUAACUAGUUUGAGAAACAUAUCAACAAAACAACUAUGUGUGAGAGCAUUCUCACACGUGGCAUUUCACACCUAGAGUUCAUCCAGUCCCAUCAUGCUCAACCAAACCUGGAUUCCUUUCCAAUUCUGACAGAGUUAGCACUGGACUGCUAAUUUCCAAAUGUUGCUUCUGCCUACCGUAUGCUUUUCUCUCCUGCCUGUGCUGUGUCUAAAGAAAGAAGAAUUUAUUACUGGUAUUAGAAGAAGGCCUUUACUGACAACAGAAGAUAGCUCAGGCAAAACAGACCUUUUAUCCCUGUCACCUCCCAGUCACCAGUCAAUUACUGCUGUUACACUAAAACGGGAAGGCCUCCAGUGAGCUCAUGACAGUGACCUGCUGGACAACUCCAGAAAUGAUUUCAGUUUGCUGCUCUGAAUGACAGCUCCUGAGCAAAACAAAGGGAAUAUAUCUUUUUGAAAAGCUGUCUAAUUGGUAUUUCUUUUUCCAUUCUUAGAACAUUAACAGCUUUUUCUCUUCUGUAUGUGUCAACAUCUGAAUCUUGGACACUAAGGGCUCUCCUUUUCCUCCCCUCUCCUGGACUUUCCACAGAUUGGUGCCACACACAGAGCCCCGCCUCCCUCUGCACUCUGAUGAGAUUAUCAUCUGGUGCCUUUUGAUAAAUGUUUAAAAUGUACACAUGUAAGAGAAGAGGAGGAAAAAUAAGAAAGUAGUAAUGCAAAACAGAAAAAUAAGAAAGAAUGUAAGAGGAAGAAAAUAUAUGGCCUCAUUUGUUAAUUGGGGGCCAUAUUCCUUGUAAACUCCACUCCAUCGUCUUUGGUUUUGUACCUCAUUUACUGUGACAACUUUCUGCCAGUCUAGGUGUGCUACUGCAAGACCCCAGGGAUACAGAAUGGCAUCUCUUGGCCUGACUGGGCUGCUGCCCUUGCUGUUUUUUAGACUUGAGGAAUAACACUUGCUCAGGAAGAAGCACUUCUAGUCUCACACUGGCCUAAAUAAUUAUUGAUUUUGCUGAAAUAAGAACCCCAAAGCUAUAUCUUUUGGAUUUUGUAAUUUGGAUAGAUUGCAAAAAGAUGGCCACAAAUUUCUCAUCAAGAAAUGCAAUCUAUUCCUCCCAACUUGAACCCAGGGCGGCCAAGUACACAGGUAGAAACUUGAAAAAUUCUUGUGCAUGGGGUUUAUCUUCUCUUGCUGCUCUUGGGAGCUUUGCAGUCACCAACAGAUGAGCAAACAUGGACCAUUCUGCUGCAUAAUGAGAGAAACAGGGCCAGUUAACCAGCUACGUUCUGUUAUAGUCUCAACUGAUUACAAAGACAUUGAGUGAGCCCAGGAAGACCAACAGAACUGCCUGGCUGAGCCCAGCCCAAAUUGCUGAUUCCUGUGUAAGGCAUGAGAAGAUGAUGCAGUCUUUACAUGUUCAUGUCCCUUCAAGAAAAAGCCACCUUCUCUUUGAGUGAAUAUUCAGCCUUGAGUCCCCUAUUCCAUCUCAACUGAGGUAUCUCACAGCCUCACUUUCUCAAAGCUUUUUAUUCCAUACUAUUACUGGGGGUACAUAAUUGUAUCUUAUCACUAGAGGACAGUGCUGUCUACCACCCCCAGUAGGGAUCCAUCUCCAUCUGUGGAUCCAUGGGCAACCAUGACAAGGUUUCUUCUUCACAUCUCCUUGGUCAUCUGCAGAGUCACCUGACUGGAACUAGGCCCUAUUCUUCAGUACCAUUCACUAGUAUCCACUGGUAUCCAUUACUUCAUGUAUUUGAAGAACUGUUAUGAAAUAAAGAAGCCCCUGGGUGAGAAUGAGAAGGGUGAGUUGGUAUCAUUGCUUGGAAGAGAACUGGCCUACCAAAGGACUUCCCACUGCUUCUGGCCUGCCCCAGAGGAACCAGGAGGACAGUUCAGCCCAGUACCUGCACUUGCAAGGACUGGAAAGACAUGAGCCAUAAUCCUGGUGCUGACUUUUAACCCUGCUGGUAUCCCUGUGCUCUAAAAGCCUAAGUCUGAUCUGUCUGUUUGGGCCCCAGUUCAGGUGGAAAGAUGGUUAAAACAUUAUUUCUUAGUCGCCAGCUCUGGAUUUCAACUUGCUCAGGCAAUUUUGGAGAAUAUUGGAUAGCUGCAGUAGUUAUUAUUUCCCUAUACUGAGCACUGUGUCAGGCUUCUCACCACCAAAGAGCCCCAUAGCACCAGCUGCAGAGACCAAAAAUAUUGCUUUUCUUAGCCAGGGGCAUAUAUGAUUUGGGUGAAGGUUGAGGGGAAGCAAUGGAAAAGAAUUAUUAAAAUUGGAAACCUGCAAUUCCAAAGACAACAGAAUUACAGACACAAUAAAAAUACAAAGAUAACAGGCUCCUGAAAGAACCGGGGGACGGGGGGGCAGGCUUGUCCCCUGUAGGACUGUAACAUCACCCCAAUUUCCAAGUAUUCCUUGGAAAAACAAGAAAAACAGCUGUUUCUGGGCAUGUGGACAGGAGGUGAGGCAGAGUCAGCAUUCUGUAGCACCUCGGCUUUUUCUUACCAUGUUCCUUCCUUCCUUCUCCCCAGUAGUGUGCCCUAACAGAGUGCACUUAUACGUGUUAGCUUCCUCCCUAGGUUUUCUUGGGGGUACAAGAUAAGUCAUGGUCUCUGUCCUUGGAUGGAGACCCCCCACAACUUAAAUGGGGAACUAAGACAUGCCCAAGAAAGGGUUAGGAUAUUUUAUGAAUUAUAACAUGAAACAUUGCUAUGGAUAAAUUACAGCAAACCCAGGGAAUUAAAGUUUUUUUUUAUUUAAGUGAGUAUAUUUUGAUAUUUAAGUGUUGUGUGUCCCUUCACCUUAGUUAAUGUUCAGUCAUCUGAAAAACCAAUAUUCAAAACCAGAAUAGGUAGAGGUGAACUGGGAGGGAGAGGGCUGUGAGGCAGAGGACCCUGUGGGAUGCUUGUGAGCUGUAGUGUUGGUGAGUCACCACUGAGUCAGAGACACGUGGGGGGGGCAUGCCUGCAGGUGGCAAGAGGGGUCCCCUUGUAGCUGAACUGCUUCUCUAUGCCAUGUUUAUGCACAUGUAGAAGCUGGGGACAUUAGUCAUAGAGUGGUCCAGGUCAGCUGGUCCAGCCACACAUGCUCACAGGGAUAGUGCUACAUCUGCUUCUCUAGGCACUUAGGUCUGCAACUUUGAGGGUGCUGCCCACCCUCCUUCACAUAGCACAAGACUUGCUGAGAUGAUGCACCUCAAUCCUUCUCACAGGCCUCACUCUGCACCUGGCACAGAACUGUGCCAACUGGGGUGUGGGAAGGGAGCUGACGCUGUCUAGGCUGAACACUCCUCGACACUUCUGUACAUACUGCUAAAUAGGCCAGAAGACUUCACCCAGGUAAUCCGUAGACACAAGGCAACUUUUGAAAGAGGCUGAAGUCAUAGACUUGUAAUCUUCCUCAACCCCUCCACAUUUUUUCCUUGAUAGCUGUUGGAAUAAACCAUUAGUGAAAUCACAACCUAAUUAACUCUUCAGACUCCAAACUUGUCUUUUACUGGAUCAAUGUUUCCCAAAGAUAAUAGCCAUAGAUUAGUUGAUUGCUGUUAAAAUGUAUUGUUGGACUCUGCAUUAAGGAUUGAGUCAGGAUUUGUUUAAAGUGUAUUUCAGGGAAGUCCUGUUUCCAGAUGCAUUUGGGAAAUGCUGCAUUAGAUUAUACUCCUGGUGUACCCUAAACAGCUGGUUCUGAGACUUCCUUGGGUCUUGAAAUGUUUUCUUCACAUGCCCAGGUGGCGUCUUCUCACUCCCUUGGGUCUGGUAGUGGCAAAGCCCUCAGCAGUCCAGCUGUGAGUGUGGUGACUGAUGUGCCAACAGGGGAGAACUGUGUCAUGAAGGGAGAGAAGAAAGCUAGGAGCACCCCAGGCAGCCAGUUAUAGACAUUUCCAAUCUUAGAAUAGUCACUUGUGACAAUCUCAGAUGUGGCAACAAGAAUUACAGGUAAUUUUCUCAUUCCCUAGAUGCCACCCUGAGUAAAACUUAGAUCAUGAAAGAAAGACCAUCAGGGAGAUGUCAGAAAGAAACCAUUUGAAGUAAAUUACCGGUGUGGUUAGUCAACCCACCUGAAGACCCAAAGCGGUGUGAGCAUGAAUAAUAAAAUCUAUAUAAUAGUCCUUCCAGAAUCAGAUACAGUUUUUGCCCGCAUCUUAUGUAAGUUUGAAGCUGAUUUGGAGGAUAUAGAGAUCAAAUUCAUCAAACUAGGGCCAGGUACUUAAAGUUCUAAAAGAAAAAAAGAGUGCCUACUUUUUUUUCCUGCCAGGAUCCUACCUCCUCUUCACCUGGGAAGUUGAACGAUGAAGCGUCAAGUCAGGGCUUUAACAUCAGGCAGAGCAAGGAUACUGCUGAGCUUUUUGAAGCUGCAGCCUUGGCUUUAGCACUGCCUGAGGGUGAUAAGUUGUUAAUGCUAAUAAUAUGAUAAUAUGUGUGCAUGCUAGUCACAGUGUGUUAUUGUUUACAGAACAUUUUCACAUAUGUAUUCUCUCAUAUGAUGGCCACAUCAACCCCUGUGAUUAAAGCAGGGUGGAUAUUGUGGGCCCAUCAAACAGAAGAUAAAACUGGGGUUGAAAAAUAUUUUGUCAAAUAUUGAAAUUAUAGAGCCAAGUCUUCUGUCUGCUGAGGAUGCUGCCUACUCCUACAAUUCCCCUGGGACUGGGAUCUGGUUGAUUCUCUUCACAGCUAAUGACUGGUGACAAGAGUCUUGGACUCUGUUCUCACUCAUGUCAUCGGUGAAGCUAUAAAGACUGACCCAGUUGCUGCUUCGUCCUACCAAGCACCAUUCUCAAAUGCUGCUUCGAGAGGAGUCUGCUUCACCCAAGGAAAGCUUCAUUUUCAUUAGCUGUUCUGGAGCAUUUGGGGGGGGGGGGGUGGCGAGGCAGGCUUUGACAAUAAUGUGCUUCAGGUUUUAGAAUCCUUGAAGAAGAAUUUUGGAACCAAACUACAAAGUACCUAGGCUCAUAAUUUUGGAGGCUAAGAGUAACCUAAUUGGGAGCAAAAUAGCUGGCAUCUUCACUGCACUUGAGAACUUUAGGUAAAAGUAAGAGGGAUCAAAUAUAAGAGGGUUAGUUAAAAAAUGUUUAGCCUCUUGGACUAGACACAGGUAAAUGCACUUGGACCUGUUUCUUCUGGGAAAGCUAAAAGAGACACAACUUCUUUCCUACUUUGGCUUUAAGGGAAAGUCACUUUAUUAACAAAGGUUAGACUAGAUACUAUUCCGUGAAAAGUUUCCCUGUGGGAAUAAAAACAAUGGGACAGAGGAGUUCAGAUAUCUGCUUCGCCAGCGUCAUUGCCCAGUUUUUUUUUGUGCCUUGUCUGUGGCAUCAAAAUGAAAAUGUGUCCCUGUUGCCCGUGUUUUUUUUUUCAGUGUCAAAUAUAGAGUGAA